AUGACAAUUGAUCACACCGCGACGCCUUCAGGAUCUUGCACGCCAUCGUCGUCAGGACUUGGGUUAAACUCUCGUCUACCUUCUUCAGAUAAAGAUGCACUUUUUGCUGUGUCUUUUGAACCCCUUGAUGAGCGUAACCCUAUAUACUUUUCUUACUCGAAGAAAUGGUUAAUUACCAUUGUUACCUCUUUCUUCACCUUUCUCGUCUCUACCGCGGCCACCUCCUUCAGCAUGGGUGCGCCCUCCAUGAUGCACGAUCUCAAUUGCACUCAGUUCCAGGCUACUGUGGGACUAAGUCUGUACUGUCUUGGGUUCGGCAUCGUGCCCCUCGUCACAUCUUCUCUCAGCGAAGACUUUGGCAGAUUGCCUCUCUACUAUGUUUCCUUCUUGGGAUUUUUGAUGAUGCAUGUUAUGGUAGCCUUGUCGCAUAACGUUCAAACAGUCAUUAUAGCUAGAUUUUUACAGGGCGCAUUUGGGUCUACCGGGUCAACAAUGGUUGCAGGCACGGUUGCAGAUUUAUGGAGUCCAGCGGAGAUAGGACUACCGAUGGCCUUGUACACUUUAUUUGCUUUCGUAGGAAACGGCGUUGGAGCAGUUUUUGGUGGCUGGGUAGAGCAAAACCAUCGACUCCAAUGGAGAUGGAUUCAAUGGAUACACCUGAUCAUAGCGGGCGUUUAUUUUGUCGUGAUGAUUUUGACUAUAGAUGAAACACGUCCUUCAGUAAUCCUUGAAAAGACGGCACGGAAACUCAGAGCAUCUUCUGGGGACAACCGAUAUUACAGUGUCUUGUCAACGGCUAAAAUAGGGCUGGCAAAAAGGAUAUAUAUGUCUUCUACGCGGCCAAUCUCGAUGUUACUUUUCGAACCAAUCGUUACUGCCGUUAGUAUAUGGAUAGGAAUUGCUUGGGGGAAUCAAAUUAAAAUAUCUAGGUCCAUUCCAGGGGUAUUCAGAAGCUUACACGGUUUCAACCAAGGCCAAGUGGGGACUGUGUACAUGACGAUGGCUGUUGGAGGAUUUCUGGGAUUCUUGACUAACAGAUACCAAGAACGACUGUAUAGAAAAUAUGUUUCCACUCGAGGCGCUCAAGCGCGACUUCACUUGGCCUGCGUGGCGGGAUUCUUGUUUCCCAUCUCAAUGUUCAUGUUCGCCUGGUCAGCAACAUCAUCAGUCCCAUGGCCUGUCCUCGUUGUUGCACUGACAAUUUACUUAUGGGCAGUCUCCACGAUAUACAUGACGAUAUUCACAUACAUCGCAGACUGUUAUGGCGUCUAUGCGUCUUCAGCAUUAGCAGGUCAAAGUCUUUGUCGUAACCUGACAGCUACGGCGUUCCCGUUAUUUGCUGAGAGGAUGUUUCGGGCUAUGGGAUACAGAUGGGCUAAUACAAUGUUUGCACUGGCAGGCACAGUCAUGAGCCCGAUUCCAAUUGUUUUGUACUUCUUUGGGCCAAGAAUAUUGGCACGGAGCAAACUCCUUGGGAAAUUGCAUGGGGAGGACAAAACUCUGCUAGAGCAAAAAAAUCCUAAUGGUAUGAAGGGUGAUAUUGAAAAGUAA